CCCCACAUUAUUUUGUCAAAAUAUAAAUCUCGCGUUUAUUAGAAGAAAUAUUUCAUUCUUUACAUGCAAGCGAUUGAGACCCAUCUUACAAAAAUGUAUAUUCUACGGAGUUUAUGUAUAUUGCUUUGGCUGAAUGUAUCAUUAAGUGGACAAGUCUCUGCUGUCAGUGACAUUCUAGAGAAAUCUAUUUUGGACGGAAGUACGACGUCCGGAGGAAAAGUGUCCAGUGUUUUACGGGACAUUCUGAACCAGGAGAGCUUAGUGAGGUUUUCUAUGGUUCAGAGAAUCCAGAACUUGGUCAUGGACGUUAUAGACAACAAAAACAACUCUCAGGUAGUGAAGCAAAAAAUGAAAAUCUUGACCAAGGAGUUGAAAAAAUUGGAUAGAAGAGACAACGGUAUAGAAACCGAGGUUACAAAACUUAAACAGGUGUUGACCACAUUGAAUUCUACUUAUAAAGCCUUACUUGAAGACGUUAAGCAAUUAAAAAAUGGAGAAUCGGACGUCCGAAAUAAAAACCAAGAAUUGUCAAAAGAAAAUGACUUCUUUAGAAAACAAUUAAAUGAUGUCAAAAACAGUCUGAGAGUUAUCAACGGUUCUGUGUAUGAGGAGAUAGAAAAUUCCAUAAAGACUGUUUCUGUAUCUAUCAAUGAGACCAUGGACGGGUUACUUGAGGAUCAUAAAGUUCUAAAUCAGCAAGUUUUAAGCCUGUCCUCUUCACUGACCACAGGUCUGAUCCACAGGAAUUGCUAUGAAAUGCUGAUAAAAAAUCCAAUUCUGAAAGGAAAAAAUGGUGUCUAUAGUAUUGCAGUUGGUUUAAAAAACACUUCAGUUUAUUGUGACAUGACCACAGACGGGGGCGGCUGGACGGUUAUACAGAAGAGAAUAGACGGAUCAACUGAUUUCUAUCGAACUUGGAAAGAGUACAAAAAAGGUUUUGGGGAUCCAAAGAACAACUACUGGAUUGGGAAUGAUGCAAUUCAUGCAUUAACCAAAGAUCAGGACCAGGAACUGCGAGUAGAUCUCCAGAGAUUUAAUGGGGACACAGCGUAUGCUGAAUAUUCCAUGUUUUAUAUAGGAAACGAAGCUGCUAAAUACCAGCUCACCGUAUCCGGGUACACAGGAACUGCAGGUGACAGUUUCACUUAUCACAAUGGUAAUGAAUUUAGUACAAAGGAUCAGGAUAAUGACCUGGACAGUCGUGACUGUGCUGUACAAUUCCACGGUGCCUGGUGGUACUACGACUGUCACCGCUCAAACCUUAAUGGGGAGUACGCUCGUUAUGCUCUUUUUGAUUGGAAAUACCCGACAUGGAAGCGCUGGAAGUUUAACGAAGCAUUAAAACUGACUCAGAUGAUGAUCAGACACAGAAACUGAGUCAGAUUGUCAUCAGCUAUAAGAUUAUUCCUAUUAAAUCUUUAUAUUACCUACAAAAAUGAUUAUUAAAUGUAUUAACAGCUAGCAUGCCUUUAUAACAUAUUGUUUUCAUGUUAA